AUGCGACCACAACUCAACCUCCUAGUUACGUUAAUCACCCUGUUCCACUCAUGGAACAGCUUCCUUGUCACACAAGCUGAUCCUCAAACACGUUUAAUCAACAAAGGUUGUAGCCAAUACAACGCAACCAACUUGUCCAAUUUCUACCAAAAUCUAAACGCAACUUUAUCAGACUUGAACUCACAGGUGGGGAAUGAAAACAAGCAUUUUGCGACGGCACAAUCCGCCAAAGGAGCAAACCCUGUUUAUGCUUUCUUUCAGUGCAGGAAUUACCUCUCUGAUUCUGAUUGCGCCGCUUGCUUCACCGUCGCCGCCGCACAAAUCCGUAAUUGCUCUGCUGGUUCAAACGGUGCUCGUGUUAUUUACGAUGGUUGCUUCCUUAGGUACGAGAGCAAUGGAUUCUUCGACCAAACAACUCUUCCUGGAAACAGUAUGAUUUGUGGAACUCAAACAGCAAAUGGAGCAGCUGCUUUUACUGCAGCUGCACAACAAGUCCUACUGAAUCUACAGACAGCCACACCCAAAAUUCCUGGUUUCUUUGCUGCUACAAAGACACCUGUUUCUGGAACUGGAAAUGAAAUAUAUGCCAUUGCACAAUGUGCUGAAUCAGUUACUCAAAGUGGCUGUUUAGAUUGCUUGACAGUUGGAUUCAACAACAUACAGAGCUGUUUUCCUAAUACAGAUGGUAGAGCAUUUGAUGCUGGUUGUUUUAUGAGAUACUCAGAAACAUCUUUCUUUGCUGAUAACCAGACCACUGAUAUUACACCCUUUCUAAAACAAGGUUCAAGUAAUAAAGGAGCGAUUAUUGGUGGUAUUGUUGGAGGUGUAGCCCUUAUUGUGAUCAUCCUCAUUGCACUAUUUGUUUGGCUUAGGCUCUACAAGAAACCCAAGAGACAUCAUAGAGGUGACAUAUUAGGAGCAACUGAGUUGAAAGGUCCACUUACUUACCGAUAUAACGAUUUGAAGUCCGCAACGAAAAAUUUUAACGACGAAAAUAAACUAGGAGAAGGAGGUUUUGGAGAUGUAUACAAGGGAACUCUGAAAAAUGGUAAAGUAGUUGCUGUCAAGAAAUUGAUUUUAGGUCAUUCCGGGAAGAUGGAUGAACAAUUUGAAAGUGAAGUGAAGCUCAUAAGUAAUGUUCAUCACAGGAAUUUAGUUCGACUUCUCGGAUGUUGUAGUAAAGGCCAAGAAAGAAUCCUUGUUUAUGAGUACAUGGCAAACAACAGCCUUGACAGAUUCUUGUUUGGUGAAAAGAAGGGUUCCCUUAAUUGGAUUCAAAGGUAUGAUAUAAUUUUAGGCACAGCAAGAGGUUUGGCCUAUCUGCAUGAAGAUUUCCAUGUUUGCAUCAUACAUAGAGAUAUAAAGACUAACAACAUCCUCUUGGAUGAUGAUCUUCAACCUAAAAUUGCUGAUUUCGGUUUGGCAAGGCUUUUACCAGAAGAUCAAUCUCAUCUUAGCACAAGAUUUGCAGGAACAUUGGGAUACACUGCACCAGAAUACGCGAUCCACGGUCAGUUAUCAGUGAAGGCGGAUACGUACAGUUUUGGUGUUGUAGUCCUAGAAAUCAUAAGUGGUCAAAAGAGUAGUGAGAUAAGGGAUGAUGCUGAUGGUGAAUUCCUCCUUCAAAAGGCUUGGAAACUAUAUGAGGAAGAAAGACACUUGGAGUUAGUUGACAAGACAUUGAACACUAGUGACUAUGAUGCACAAGAAGUGAAGAAAGUUAUAGAGAUUGCAUUACUUUGCACUCAAGGAACAGCUGCUACAAGACCAACUAUGUCUGAAAUAGUAGUUCUACUCAAAAGCAAGAACUUUGUGGAGCAUAUGAAACCAACCAUGCCUGUCUUUGUUAACACAAACUUAAGACCUCGGACAGAUACCUCUACCUCAACUACUUCUUCAAAAUCUAAUGCUACUGUUUCCACUUCUAUAUUAUCAGCUAGAUGA